UUGUUGACGUCAGAUAACGGGAGGGAUCUUGGAGAGGGGAUCUUGAUGAUAAUGAGAUAGCUAGACAGUUAGCAUUUUCCCUUAUCAAAUUCUCUGACCUCGUCGUUGUAGCUACAGUAGAUACUAGCAUAGUGUGUCUCAUGAGUUUCCGUUGAAUCGGAUAGUUUAAAGGGCUUUCUCUAUACAACCAGCUAGUUUGCGCGCUAAAGGGAUGUCAAAGCGUCUGCGCAAUAACAGAGACUGUCAGGUCUGCGCUGAUUGUAGCGCCCCGGGCCCAUGUUGGGGCUCAGUGAACAGGGGUGUGCUGGUCUGUGAUGAGUGCUGCAGCAUCCACCGGGGUCUGGGCCGACACAGUUCCCAAGUCCGGCACCUGACCCAUACACCAUGGCCCCCCUCCCAGCUACAGAUGGUUCAGACAUUGUACAGCAAUGGGUCCAACUCCAUCUGGGAGCACUGCCUUCUGGAUCCCUCAUCUAUCUCGAGUGGGAAACGCAAGGCCAACCCCCAGGACAGAGCCCAUCCCCAUAAAACGGAGUUCAUCAAGGCCAAAUAUCAGAUGCUGGCUUAUGUCCAUCGGAUGCCCUGUCGAGAGGAUGACAGUGUCACUACGAAGGACCUCAGUAAGCAACUCCACUCCAGUGUUCGGACUGGGAACCUGGAGACGUGCCUAAGACUGUUGUCUUUGGGAGCCCAGGCCAACUUCUUCCACCCGGAAAAAGGAAACACUCCGCUGCAUGUAGCAGCUAAGGCAGGCCAGGUGUCGCAGGCAGAGUUGCUGGCUGUGUAUGGGGCGGAUCCCGAUGCCCUAGACAUGGGGGGUAAGACCCCUAUUGACUACGCAAGACAAGCAGGGCAUCAGGAGCUGGCAGACAGACUGGUAGAGAUCCAGUAUGAACUCACUGACUGCCUGGCAUUUUACCUCUGUGGGAGAAGGCCAGAUCAUAGAAACGGACAGCACUUCAUAAUUCCACAAAUGGCUGACAGCAGUCUGGAUUUGUCAGAAUUUGCAAAAGCUGCAAAGAAAAAACUCCAGUCUCUCACUAACCAUCAGUUUGAAGAGCUUGCCAUGGAUGUUUAUGAUGAAGUGGACAGAAGAGAAACUGAUGCAGUGUGGCUGGUGACUCAGAACCACGGUACUCUGGUAACAGACACAACUGUGGUGCCUUUCCUCCCUGUCAACCCUGAGUACUCAUCCACCAGAAACCAGGGCCGGCAGAAGCUAGCGAGGUUCAACGCACGUGAAUUUGCAACACUCGUCAUUGAUAUAUUAACUGACGCCAAACGUCGGCAACGGGGGAACUCCUGUAAAAGUCCCAGAGAGGACAUAGAGCUCAUCCUGAAGGGAAUCAACAGCCGUCAUGGGAGUGAUAACCAGGAUAAUGAAGACCAGCCAGAUUAUGACAGUGUGGCGUCUGAUGAAGAUUCAGAGCGGGAACCAGCCUCUGGGAAGAAUGGGAAAGAUGGCAGGACCAAGAGCUCAGAGUCGUCGGACUUGUCUGAUGGCCCAAUCACGUUACAUGAGUUCAUGGAGGUGAAGAGCGCCCUCACGGCCUCCGAGACCAAGAUACAGCAGCUGCUCAAGGUCAACUGUCACCUGAGUGAGGAGCUCCAGUUGAUGCAGAGCAAGCUGAACUCCCUGCAGACUGAGAAGUCCUCCCUGAGAUGGCAGACACCCGGUGGCCAGCAGCACCCCCAGGACCUCUCCGGCCGCCCCCCUCUCCCCGGAGGCCGCCCCAUGUCCAUGUAUGAGACGGGCUCGGCCAUGAGGCAGUAUCCCCACAGGGGCGAGCCUCCCCGCCGUGACGACAGCCUCACCGUCCAGCCCCUCCCUACAAACAUUGGGAGGGGUCCUUUGGGGAACGCCUCGUCUUCCCUCCCUACCUUCCCCUCCUCCCUGUCCUGGUCGCGGGACGAGCGAGCUCGAAGGGGUUGUAGCCUGGAGGGACAGAGCCACAUGCUGGAGAGUGACUAUGACAACACACCAAACCACACAGGACUGGAGGAGUCUGGGAACAGCAGUUGGCUCGGGGAUAGCAGUACAGCAGAGCAGGGGGAGGAUGAGACUGAGGCUGACUCCACCCUGCCCUGCACAGAGGACGUCAUCUGUAAGACGGAGCAGAUCACCAAGAAUAUUCAGGAGCUGCUGAGGGCCGCGCAGGAGAACAAACGUGAGAGCUCCAGGCCAGGAAAUCUAGGCCGCUUCUCUGGCUUGCUGCCCUGCUGUGAGGGGGCCGGCUGCGGACGGCUUGUCUCUACUGCCUGCUCUGACAGGGCUGCCCAGGGCUGUCUAUCUACCCUGCUGCCCUGUUCUGAGAGUGCUGAGGGGGCCACUGCUUCCUCUCUCCAGGCCCCCCCUGGCUCCUGCUUUGUACCAUGCUCAGAAAGGAUCCAUGUGGCUGUGAGAGAGAUGGCCAUCCUGUUUCCAAAGAGGCCAUGCUCAGACACAGUGCGAGGGUCUCUGCGGCUGCUCACCUCUAGUGCCAGCCGGCUCCAUGGGGAGUGCCAGAAGGCCACGCCCCACAACCCUUGCCCCUCCGACAUGCAGCUGGUCACGCAGCAGGUCAUCCAGUGUGCCUAUGACAUUGCCAAGGCUGCCAAGCAACUCGUCACUGUGACAACCAAAGAAAACAGCAACUGAUUUUUUUUUUAACCCAAGGACUAACAUCCCUCUUAGAUAUUUGAUCAUAUAUAUAUUAUCAGUACUAAUUUCAAGUUAGUGUUUAUCAGUGUUACAAUUGUUAUUUGUAUGCCACCAUUUUAUUUAAAGUACUCAAUUCGUCUUAGUAAAUUUUCUAGUGAAGAAUGUUUACAGAAAGUGUACCUUGCAAAAUGUGGGUCACCCAUGGGAUUUGUCAUCAGUUUGUCUGUUAGGCAGGUCAUCAUACUCUAGCAGUAUGAGUACAUCUAUCUGGGAUUACCUCAAAAGGAAACAUUCAAGUUACUAAACAGUUUUGCAACAUUACACAUUUUAACCAGCCUUGGAUCAAUUUCAGGUGACUGAACAUUUGUGGUUGCUGGGAGUGCUUGUUCUUGGUGCUCUCUGCUAUGCAACAAGGACAGUUGGCUGUCGAAAGCUUUCAAACAGUUCGCUUUUAACUUCUUAUUCAAGGCUAAACACAUUGGGAUCUUGAACAUAGUCAGAUCCAUAAUUAUUGGCACCCUUGAUAAUGAUGAACAAAAAAAUACAAAAAUAAAUACAUCUGACCAUAGCACUGCCUGGAGUUUGAUAAACGGCAUUGGCACUUGGAUUGGAACUAGUGCCAUUGUCAGAUGACAUACAAAUAGAGCUCUUUGGCCACCAGUGGUGGGUUUGGUGUUCAUGAACUUUACCAAGUAGCAGGACAUUUUAACCAAAAACCUGGUUGCCAAUGCCAGGAGGCUCACACUUGGCUGCAAGUGGAUCUUCCAGCAAGACAAUAACCCCAAGCACUAAUGAAAAUCCAUGAGGAAAUUGUUAAUUGACCACAAAAUCAACAUUUUCCAAUGGCCAUCUCAUUCUCCAGACUUGAACACCAGUGGUUUAAAUUGAAGAGGGCACUCCAUAAGAGCACGAGGAAUGGUCUAAGAUCCCUCCCAACGUGUUCUCCAAUCUCAUAAUACAGUUUAGCAAAAGGCUCAGUGUCUAUCCUCACAAGGGGAGGGCGAUAGACUAUUGAAAACAGGGGUGCCAAUAAUUUUGACCUAUUUUAUUAUUUUUGAGCCACCAAUAUAGCUCAGUAUUUGUAUUUAUUUGAUACAGUAUUUUUUUGCUGAUCUUUAUCAAGGGUGCCAAUAAUUAUGGGCCUGAUUGAAACUUAGUGGAAUACUGAGCCAUGAUGCUUCCAUUACAACGUUUUCCUCAAGGUAUUUUCCAUGAAUGCCAUUUUUAUGUUUCAUGCCAAAGCCAUAAAGGUGAGGACAACGGCCAAGUCAAUUUUCCAUUGUUUAGUUUCUUUUUGUAGUUGUUUGAGUUCAAAAGGUAUAGCCAAACCUCCAAUGUAGCCAUACCUCACACGCAUGCCCAAUAUCAAUUUUGUUUUAGUGUAGUGUGUAUUUUAAGACGUUUAUCCCAAAGGGAUACUCAAAACAGCCAACCCAAAAUCUAUAAUUUGUUUUGUAAAAAAGAUAAAAGUAUAAAAAUGUACAAACCAUCUAUUCUUAAUUCAUACAACCCUUCUCUAUAUUCUAUGUAUGAAUACAAUCUCACACUUGACAAAUUGUCAACAUUUUAUUUUCUUAAAAUGUUUAACAGUUAAAGUUCCCUCCUAUAUAUUCUGUGCUGUUUUAAGGCAUGCAAGUUUUCAUAUUGGUGAUGUCUUUUAUACAGCAUUUGGAUUUCAAUAUAUCCACAGGCAAUCAGAUGUGCUUGUGAUCUCUCUCACUCUCUGUGUGUGUGUGUGUGUGUGCUAAACCCAGCCUAUGUGUGUGUGUCCCAUGAUUUACAUUGUCUUUAUUGUGCUGCUAGUGGUAAAACAUGUGCAUCUAAUAGGGUUUUAAGAUGUGUUAAAAGCAUUUGUCCUUUUUAUAUGUAUUAUGGGCCAUACAGUCAUGUGGGGGUCAUGUAUUGUCCAGGGAUGUGGGAGUGAGGAUCAAUUGUGUGCCAUUGCAUGUUAUGAGCCAGACAACAGUAAUACAGUUACUUACAUUGUAAAGAACUGCCUUUUUAAAGUAAUAAACUUGAAUUUAUAACUCGA